GUUCUUCGAUCGGCUUCUCGGUUGCACCCUGAAGGAGUUUGUGUUAUUCGCGGCUGUUCGCAUGUAUUCUCUCAUUUAACGUUUUCAUCAAUACACCGAGUAACCAUUACACCAUCAUGCCGUUCUGGAAGGAUUACAUCUACGCGAAGCCGGAGGUGGACGACGACGACCUCCCGCUGCCCGAGCACCGCAUCUUCGACGACGACGGCUACAUCAAAGACAAGGUGGAGCGGGCGGUGGCGGCAGCCUGGCGCACAUCUCCCAGCCGUGCCGCCAACGCCAAGAAGUCGUCGCCGCUCUCGCCGAAGCGACGCGCGGAGUUGCUCAAGUCGGUAGGAGCGAAGCCCACAACACCAGUGAAAGUGGUGGAGGUAAAGGCACAGACUCCUGCCGCCGCAGCCGCCGCUGCUGCUCCUGCUGCACCACUCUCCAGGGCGUCCUCCCGCUCCCGCUCCUCGACGACGCGCAAGUCCGCUGCUCGCUCGCCCGUCAGGUCGCCGAAGGCCGCCAGCACCCCCCGCAGCGCCUCCUCCGGGCACAAGCCGUCGCCCAAGAAGGCGAGCCCGAACAAGGCAGCGGCGAAGCGCACGUCCGCCAAGCAGUCGACCCCAUCCCGCUCCCCGGCCCGCGCACGCGCCCGUUCGCCGUCGCCGACGAAGCCAAAGGCCUCGCCCAGGGCGGCCACCCGCGCCAAGCGCUCCCGCUCCCGGUCUGGCUCGCGCAAGGCUGCCCGCGCCUCCCGCCCCAAGACGCCGAGCCCGAAGUGGACCGUGGCCGCGCUGAGGGAGUUUGCGAAGGACAAAUCUAUUCCUCUCGCAGGGGCAACGAAGAAGGCGGACAUCCUGCACGCCCUCAAGCGCUCGUCGUAG